AUGGGCUGGGCUGGGACACUGGCCAGUUUCCAUGUCUUCAAAAGUAAAGAUGCAUUAAUUGAGUGGGUUCGUGCUGUUAGAAGGAAGAACAAUAUGGUGAUUAUCAUUCGGAGGUCUGAUUCAGGAUUUGUCGGGAAUAAAAAAAAAAAAAGACCAAAGAUAAAGUUUUGUUGCAAGCGUGGCAGUGACUACAAGCGUGUUUUAAAGUUUGAUGCUCAAAAGUUUUAUGCAAAGAGCCAGAAACAAACUGAUGGAGACAGUCAAAAGAAAAGGCGUCCUAAGGCUAGUGGUACGAAGAAAUGUGGGUGUCCAUUCGCAUUGAGGGGGAUUAACAUUGUUGAGGAUGAAUGGACAUUGGAGGUGAUAUGUGGUGUACAUAACCAUCCUCCUUCUCAAUCCCUUCAUGGUCACUCAUAUGUCGGACGCUUAUCUAAGGAAGAACAUGCAAUGUUAGUGGAUAUGUCAACUAGUUUGAUGAGACCCAAGGAUAUUCUGACUACUCUCAAGAAACGGGAUAAAGAAAACAAAACAAUUAUGAAGAUGAUAUAUAAGGCCAGAAGAGUACAUCGGACGAAGGUUAUGGCUGGGAGAUCACAAAUGCAAUAUUUUACAUACAUUUCCACAUGUCUUAUUGUGGACUGCACCUACAAGACAAAUAGAUAUUGUUUUCCUCUUUUUGAGAUUGUCGGGGUGACAUCUACUGAGAAGACCUUCAGUGUUGCAUUUGUUUAUAUGUCAAGAGAGGUGGAAGACAAUUACACAUGGGCUUUGAGUAGAUUGAAGACUCUUUUGCGUGAUGACUGUACUUCGAGUGUUAUUGUGACUGAUUGA